AUGCUGUACCUCGUUGGACUCGGUCUCGCCGAUGAGACUGACAUCACAGUCAAGGGAUUGGAGGCCGUCAAGAAGGCCGAGAGAGUCUACCUCGAAGCCUACACCAGCAUUUUGCUUGUGGAGAAGGAAAAGCUAGAAGCUUUCUAUGGGCGCCCUGUUAUUGUAGCAGACAGAGAAUUAGUCGAGAGCGGCAGCGAUGAGAUCCUCGCAGACGCUGACAAGACCGACGUCGCAUUCCUGGUUGUCGGCGAUCCGUUCGGAGCGACUACGCACACAGAUCUGGUCCUCCGGGCCCGCGAACUCGGCAUCGAAAGCAAGGUCAUCCCCAACGCCUCGAUCAUGUCUGGCAUCGGUUGCACCGGUCUGCAGCUCUACAACUUCGGCCAGACAGUGAGCAUGGUGUUCUUCACCGAGAACUGGAAGCCCUCGUCCUACUACGACAGAGUGAAGGAGAACGUCGACUUGGGUCUUCAUACGCUGGUGCUCUUGGAUAUCAAGGUCAAGGAACCAUCGCUGGAGAACCUCGCCAGAGGACGGAUGAUCUACGAACCCCCGAGGUACAUGACGGUCGCACAAUGCGCCAGCCAGAUGCUGGAGACCGAGGAGGAGCGGAAGGGAGGUGCGUUUGGACCGGACAGUCUGGCCGUUGGCGCUGCGCGGGUUGGCGCUGCGGACCAGAGAUUGGUGGCAGGUACUCUAAAGGAGCUCGCGGAGGUGGACAUGGGCCGGCCGCUUCACAGUUUGGUCUUGUUGGGACGGAAGACGCACGAUCUCGAGAGGGAUUACAUUCGUGAGUUUGCCGUUGACAAGGCGACUUUCGACGCGUGCUGGCAAAAGGCGUAUGGCGCCAGCUCGUGA